CGGCACCGUUUCCGGUUUGUCACUGAACUACGUGAACUAGUGACCGCUGCCCGCCAGUGUCAAUCUUGGGUUAACGACAAGUGUCUCACCAUUGUAAUAUGCCAAGAUUGAUAUGCCGCACAGAGUAUUAAUUAGGUGAUAUAACAGAGAAAAGUUGAAACGUCAACAUCCGAGACCGUGACACGUCAUUAAUCAAACUCCGGUAUAGAUCAGCAUCCGCGUACGUUUUAAAAGUUGUACGGAUAGCUGCAAGCAAUGGCCGAAACAGAGGGGAAAAAGUUGGUCGAGCUACGCGUGAUCGAUCUGAAAACCGAGCUGGAGAGACGCGGGCUUGACAAGACCGGCAAUAAAGCUGCUCUUCUCGAACGCUUGUCGAAGGCGAUCACAGAGGAAGGAGGCAAACCUGACGAGUAUUUAAUUGUACCGAGUGGUGGACCUAACAAGGUUAUACCAAGAAAAAACAGUGUAACCGGCAUACCUGGCCAAGAAGAAUCUUUGGAAGGGUCUGAUAAUCGAAAAGAUGAAAGUUUGGAAAAUCAAGCAAACUCAGAAAUGAAGAUCAAAGAAGAGACGUCACCCCCAUCUAGUGAAGAAAUCUCUGAGAACGUAGUCAAGAAGGAAGUUAAGAAGGAACAAGAAGAAGACAAGGUGAAUGAAGGAGUCAAGGCUGUGGAUAUUAAGAAGGAAGAUAUCAAAAAAGAGGAUAUCAAGAUGGAGGACAUGAAGAAAGUGGUUACUAAGAAAGAAGAUAUUGAAAAUGAAGAGGUCAAAAAAGAAGAGCCAAAAGAAGAAAUCGAAAACGAAGCAGAUGAGGAUCAGAACGAUAAAAAUGAUGUCGAUAACACUGUUAAGACUGAAUCAAGCCCACCACCAGUUCUGUCCAAUCCUACCGCUGUCGAAGCAAACGGAAUUGAUAACGAGGACUCGAUUAAUCUGACAAUUGGCGAAGACGAAGAGAAUCUCCUUGCCGAAGAGACGGAAACUCACGACAGGCGCAAGGAUGGAGGUGAGAAGAGAACCGAAGAGAACAAGAAGGGAGACUCUAAAGGGAGUGGCAGAACAGAAGGUGGAGCCGGCAAGGAAGGUGCAGCCAGUGCCAACGGGCUCAAGAGCAAGCAGGGAGACGGAGGCGAAGGAGGAAGCAAGAGUACUGAUUCUACAGCCAAGGGUCAGAAAAGGGACGACAAAGACAAGAAGACAUCACCCUCUAGUUCAAUCAACGCCAGCAGUAGGAACUUGUGGGUCUCCGGAUUAUCGUCUACUACUCGUGCCACAGACUUGAAGCAAGUAUUUUCUAAGUAUGGAAAAGUUAUUGGAGCUAAAGUCGUUACUAAUGCGAGGACUCCUGGAGCUCGUUGUUACGGCUAUGUUACCAUGUCCACUAGCGAAGACGCGGCUAAAUGUAUUCAACAUUUACACAGGACGGAGCUUCACGGCCGCGUCAUUUCCGUUGAGAAGGCAAAGGGGGACUCGCAACAAAGCCAUAUGCGGAAACGGGACUCCAACAGCGUCAAGUCCGAUAAGAAAGACGACAAGGAGAAAUCAUCGAAGGAAAAUUCUGAAAUCUGUGAGAAGAAUGACAAUAAGGACGUUAAAAAAGAUUCCGAGGAGAAAACUGUUGAUCCAACUGCCAAGAAGGCAGAGGAAAAGUCAGACGCCACAGAGGAAAAGAAAAGCGAUGCGGCAGAGAAAAAGGAUGAACCUGUCAAGGACUCGGACGCUCGUUCGACCAAAUCUACAAGCAAGAAGCCAGAGAGCGAGAGAGGGAAGCGCAGCAGUGACAAACGCGUUCGGUCUUGGGAACAUCAUAGAUCUCAUACACGCUCCCGGAGCAGGGAGCGACGCAGGCGCGACGAUGUACUAACAUUUGCUAAGAUUCGGGAAGAACGGGAACGUCAGAGGUUGCGAGAGAGGGAGAGAAUAUUACGCGAGGAGGAACGGAGGCGACGAGAGGAUAUGGAAAGGCAGCGGGAGAUCGAGCGUAGGCAGAGAGAAGAGGCUGCACGGCUCGAAAGAGAGCGUGAAAAGCUACGCAGGGAGAGAGAGAGGAUCGAGCAAGAGAAGGCGGAGCUGCUUAGAUUGGAAAGAGAGCGGCAAAAGUUGGAAAGGGAAAAACUGGAGCGUGAACGACUGGAACUGAAGAGGCAGCAGAUGCGGUUAGAAGAGAGCCGAAGACCUCCGCCGCCACCUUCUAUCAAAAGAACAUCGAGCGAUAGAAGGGAUCCGAGAGACCUGUACCCGGAACCGGAACGAAAACGCAUCACUACCGAACACAGCCGACGUCACAGCCCCCAGAGAGUUUCCGACAGACGCACAGAGAUCUUGGAAAGAGUCUCAGAUAGACGAUUAGAUCCCUCGCCGCCUUCUAGAUACGAAUCGAACAGUAGAUCAACUCAGGAUCUAGGGUUGAAGAAGGAUUUUAAGAGAAGUAGCGAGUUCCCGUCCCGCAGUAGCAGGCCAGACGUAUUCCCUGAGGUAACGAGAGGGAGGGAAGUAAUCGUGCGACGUGAAACGAUUCCUGCUCCGUCAUCAUCCAUUGAUCCUCGACAAGUGAAUAAAGACAGGUAUGAAAGAACUACGUCGACCACGUACGGCAGAGAGCGAGAGGUUCGAAGGUCUGAAACAGAAUCCCAUCGAAGUACCCGGGACGGUCACACACGCUACACCGAGAGUACAAAACCGCCCGGAUCCACCGCUCCUCGUGAGAGUCGGUAUGCAGAAAGUAGUCGAUCUGCUGCCGGAUGGCACGCAGGACCCCCGUCGACUAAGUCUUUUAAUUCUGUACCAAGCAGUGGACCUCGCGAUCCUCGUAACGAAAUAUCAGGUUGGAGUAGCCGUUCUUCGGAAAAUGUAAACAGAUGGAGCAGCUCCGGAAGCAUCAGCAGCACGAUGCGACACCCAGGUCCGCCUCUCUACCAGGGUGGCGGGCCAAUGCCGUCAAUGACUUUGGCUCCCCCAGGAACAGGUCCAUCCUACGAUAGAUUUGAUCCCUACAAAUCGUCGAUGCCAAGCAUGCGAAAAUAUUAAUAAUAGUAGUAUACAUGUGUACACAUACUAUAUAUAAUAGUACACGUACCCUAAGUGAAUUGAAACAUUUUAAAACGAUAACCCGGAACGACACAGUUUAAUUGGCAUGAUAUACACAUUUGUUUUCAAACUUUGAGUUAUCGUCAUGCUAAUAUAGUUUUUCAGUGGGGAAGAGUAAAAAAUACUUUCUUUUUUCUUUUCUUUUGUUUUUAUUAUUUUUUUCAGUAUUUACUUCGAUGUCAUCUACCGUCAAAUUAA